AUGUCGUCCUCCUCUGCCCCGCUCGCGCCCGCGCAGACACACGCGCUCUUCGAUAUCCUGAUCCACCACCAGAUCUACGCCGAAAUCGAGGCGUUCAAGCACCCCUCCACUAUCGACCACUAUGGACACCCCUUCCGCAAGGCAGAUGGCGUGCAGACGACGAGUCCGCUGCUGCAGAACAUGCUCAACAAGUUUGCGCUGACUAACCCCGCGCUCAAGAACCUGGGGAACAAUUUCUGGCAGGACAAGAUUCAGACUCUAGUCGCAAAGAUGGCAGAGGCCGAGCUGAGUGAGAGCUACGACAAGGGCGCGAUUGGAUCAAGAAAAGCGCUGGCCACAGCUGCGAGUAGUCUCGCAGAGUACAUCGGGAGGGGCAUGCUGGGCGGAUACCCUGUAGCGCAGAGGAAGGACGACGGCAAGAAGCAGUACGACACCAGCAAGCCUGAAGACGUGCUAGAAGCGUGGGACGAGUGUACGCGUAGCUUCAUAUACGGCGAUCUGCUCGACCAGCUGCUGGUGAAGGUCACAGCAACAGACAAGCUCGAGGACCACUCCAGUCUAGUGCAGGCUGGACACGAGUUUAUCCUGCUGAACGUCGCCUCCUUCCUCCACCAUGUCUUCGUCAUGUCGCCAGACGGCCAGUACCUCGUCCGUCUCCUCGAGAACAUCCACCGGCUCAUCCCAUACUACAUGAUCAAGCAGACGCUCCGCAUCGGCAACGCAGCGUCCAUGGUCAACGGAAUGGUCAGACUGAUCCUAGCCAAGCUCUCCGUCACUGCCAUGACCAACUGGAUAGGGCUCACGAACAACUCGAACGACGGCAUGAACCUGAUGCAGCAGAUCAUCAGCACAAUCUUGGCUUGGGACACGGCUGAGUUCCAGAAGAGGGCAUCGAAGCUCGAGUCCUCGCGAGAUGCACCAGAUAAGAAGGUCAUAAAGGCAAUCAAAGCACACGUCUACGCAUCGAGAGACAGGCAUGAAGCUGCGCGCAACAUGUCCAUCCAGGAGAAGAAGUCCAUCAUCGCCGUCAUCCUCGAGACCGCCGACACGCCCAUCAAGCCCGACUCCCUCAAAGACCAGCAACACGACAUCGCCAUGGAAUACUACAGCACAUACCUCUCCAUCCGCGACCGCGAAGAAAUCACCAAAGUAUUCUGCAAAUCCAACCCCGACGUCCUCACCUCCGCAGUCCGCGACUGCGUCAGCGCAAUGGACCCGGUAAUCCGCGCCAUCCACAACGCAGUCGACCUCUCCAGCACCGUCACCGACGCCGAGAACUUCAUAACCGACCUGAUCAAAGCAUCAAAACCAAAAAAGAAAUCCGGCCGCAAGAGCCGCGAGACCUCCAAAGAGCGCGAAGCCAACGCCAGCAAUGUGGACACCGCACCCGCCAGCGUAACAGAUACAGACAACGGCGACGCACCGACCGUCGAAGACUUCGUGGUCUUGUUGCGCAAACACGCCCCGAGCAUGCACAAGUUCCUGCACCAAGUCACGAAAAACGCACCAGAGCUCGCACACGACUACCUCGUAUACGCGAAGCAAAUCUUUGGAGAAUUCAAAGCGGACGAGCAGAGCCGGGAAGGCAGUGCAGGAAAUAUGACAGCGCCGCUGCACUCGUUAUUCGAGACACUGCCGAAGGAUAAGCAAGACGAGCUCAAGAAGCUGUUAGACGAGCACGCUUCACAUCUCUCCGAGCUGAAAGCCACAAGCCAGAGUAGGUUGGAGAGUAUAAUGAAGAACGGCGAAACAAAAGGCUCAACCCACGGACCAGGGAUGUACCUUUCGCGCUGGAACGCCCUGCUCGACAGCACUCUGAUAUCGCCCGCCACCGUCUCCGGGCCCGUACGGCGCGGGUGGGAAGUCAAGGGCGAGUUGGAUGGCAAAGGUUUGAAGACAUCGAGUGCGCUGCAGAGCUCGAAGGGCGGGAAGACAAGCAAUGGAGUCAGCAUUGCGAACGGGCUGGGCGAUGCACAAGACCGCAAAGAGCGGAAGAGAGACGGCAUGGAAGAAGACAAGAUGAUGACAGUGUGGGAAGCGAUGCGCGACGGCUGGGUCGGCGUAUGCAGAGGACUGGAGGUCAUGGGCAGUGACUGA